UCUUAAUUAUUAAUAAUCUAACUAAAUGCUAGGAGUAGAAUUUUUAUUUGAUUCAAAUUCAACCUAAUCCCCUUUCUAUAAGUACUUCCGACGGUUUUAUUAAUAAAGUUCGGGAUUAUUUUUCCUUUUUAACAAUUUUCAGAUCCUUUGGUGGGUUGCAAAGCUAGGGUUUUUCUGAUUACCAAGUCAUAAGUAACAACUAUGUCGAUGCUUGAUUCUUUUUUCAGCAAGAGAUUCAAUGGAGCUAAAUGUAAAACUUUGCUUAAGCUGACGAUUCCGCGAGUAAAGCUACUAAGGAAUCGUAGGGAAAUUCAGUUAAAGCAAAUGAGAAAAGACAUUGCUAAGCUACUCGAGAAUGGGCAAGAGGCGACGGCUCGUAUACGGGUCGAGCAUAUCAUCCGGGAAGAGAACAUGAUGGCUGCACAAGAGAUUCUUGAGCUGUUUUCUGAACUUGUUGCAGUGCGUCUUCCAAUUAUUGAAACACAGAGAGAAUGUCCUUUGGACUUGAAAGAAGCAAUUUCCACUAUCUGCUUUGCUGCUCCAAGAUGUGCGGACUUACCAGAACUUCUGCAAGUUCAAAUGUUAUUUGCUUCCAAAUAUGGAAAAGAAUUCAUUACCGCUGCUGCAGAAUUGAUGCCAGAUUGUGGUGUUAAUCGCCAGGUUAUCGAACUUCUGUCUGUCCGUGCCCCUCCAGCUGAAAAAAAGUUGAAGUUAUUAAAAGAAAUUGCAGAAGAACACAAUUUAGAAUGGGAUCCGGCUGCUUCAGAAACAGAAUACUUCAAAUCACAUGAGGAUCUACUGAAUGGGCCAACCCAGUUUGUUAGUGGGUCUCAGUUACCUCUCCCUAAAGAGAAGCACGAUGAACCUUUGCACUCUACCCCUGUUGAAGUUUCCAGUGAACAAUCUGAUUCAGAUGCAGAAUUAGAUUCAUUAGAUUUCCCUGAAGUACCAAAAGUAUCAUUACGGCCAAGCCCUCCUACCCUACAGAUGUUACCACUACCUGGUCAGACUGCUCUGGAUCUGGGAUUUGAAAAUGAGCAUCCUAGAUCGUCUGGAUUUAGUGACGAGACUAUUCAUGAACCAUAUGUGGAACCUGAGACAGUCAUACCAGAGAAUUUGGUUGCUUCUCCGCAAGAGCUUCCCACCAAUACAGAUAGAAGAGAAGAAAAACAAUUUCUACCAUUCAUUUCUUCCCCAUCACUGUCUUCUGCUUCUUAUCCUGCAAGGAACUGUGAACCGGUUGCUUCUCUCUCAAGAACAAAAAGUGAGAUCAGGAGUGAAGUAAACAUGGAUUUGCAGGAUGUAUUAGCUGCUGCACAGGCCGCUGCAGAGUCUGCUGAACGUGCAGCAACAGCAGCUAGAUCAGCAGCUAGCCUUGCACAAAUCAGAAUCUCGGAGCUCAUCAAAAAAAGGGAUGAUAAAUCCCCAGAAAGCAGUGAACGGAUAUCCUACACCAACAUGCCAGAUCAAUCAGCUAAUAUGGAGACUCCAUAUUUUGAUCAUCAGAAUUCCUUUGACAAUACAGAUAUCAGGUCUUACUCCUUUGAUCACCCUCUUCCAGAUGACAAAUUCAGUGUAAGAUCAGAUUCACCAAACCCUCCAGCUUACGACUCUCCUAAGUUGGGUUUUGAAUCACCUCGUAGCGAUGACAAUGUCCUCCAACAUGAAUCUUCAACUCAUCAUCAGCCUAAAAGGUUGACUUCUCUGGAUGAGGAUCCGUAUUAUUCAUACCCAAACUUAUUCAGCUCACAUUCUUCAAACCCUGGAUCUGGGAAUCAUGCAGCAGAUAAUUCUCCUACUCAUGGUAAUGUCUAACUCGGUUAUUCCAGGCCGCUGUUUUCUUUUUGUUAGGGUAUUUUCUUGUUUCAAGUAAACUUUAUAUGUAUCUUUUGUAAGUAAUACAAACUCCAGAUGUUCUAAAAGUGUAAUUUGCUCAUGUUUUUCGGGCGACUUGGUGUGUUAACUUUCAGCUCAGUUCCCCUUACCGGUUAGGAUUUUCAAAAUCUAAACUUGCCUAAUCUUGGUAUUGGGACUUUAAAAGGUUGGGGGUUCCCUUUUCAUGUGUUCUACUUAUAAACCUGAUACUUUGCAGUAAUAAUUGAUUUUCGUUAUUGUUUCUUGUCCA